AUGCCGUUCAAUCAACUCCAGCGGCGGGACUCCUGGCCCCCGACCAUAGUACAUCUCCGUUCAAAGCACAAUCCUCGAACAGAUACCUUUGAAUCCUUUGAGACCUCAUCCAUUGACGAGAACCCAUUUUCCUACUUCCUCACAUCCCCAGAUGAUACUGGAGAUUUUGAUGACGACGAGGACCUCUCAGCGGGUAUUGAAAGCUCCAACUCCAGGAAGCCUAUCAUCCGAGAAGUCUCGCCCUCUUCCCUGCAAAGAGUUCCACUUCCACCCAUUGACGACGAAGAUGAAGAAGAAGACGACUUCCUUCCUGAAAUGCCCCUAACCCUCAAAGACUUCACCAGGAGAUACACUUCUCCUUCCUCACCACCGCGAAAAGUUUCACGAACAGUCAAACAUCAUAUUCCUACGGGACUAGGAAUCACCAUCCCAGAAAGUUGGUCUUCCUCUGCCCGCGGUCGUGCAAGUGUUAAAAAAUCCCCAGAGCAAGGACGUGAUCGUGGUCGUGCGAGAAGUCUAAGUGCGAGACGACCGCAGAGCUGGAGAUUACCAAGUCCGGACAUUUGGUCGAUCGAGGAGGAGGAAGAGGACGAGAGCAAGAGAGCCGAUACACCUGAGAUUCCAGAUAUCACACUGAACACGCCAACGAAUGAGCAUGUCUACCAUCUUGCGGCUCCAGAGCCUGCGCUGAAAAAGAGAAAGAGGGUACAUUGGGCGAUAUAA